GAUUAAGAAUUAAAAAAAAAAGAGAAAACCCAACCCAUUAUUCCACUGUUACUUCAUCACCACCCCACGGAGCUGCUACGCAAACGUUUGCCCUUCCCCUCUUGGCACCUUUGACUCCACAAAUACUUUCCCCCUGCGUGUUUCCUUUUCUUUCCUUUCCUCGCUAGAUACUUCUACACCUGUUCAGCAGUAAGCCGUUUACCCCCACGAGCGGCUUUCAAAUUACACGUUUUAACUCCCCCCCACAAGCGGCUUUCCCCCGAGUUGCGGCUGCCCGUCAGCUUUUGUGCCCACCAUUUUUCGAAAGGAGAAAUAGGUGUUGCCCAAAAUGAGCUCGCAGAAGGAAAGCAAGAAGCGCAAGUCCGACGCGCUGGACCAGGCGUGCCUGGAGCUGAGCGAGGAGGUGGAGAACGCGGAGGAAGUCCCAAAGAAAAACGACGAAGUGGAGGAAGAGGACCUGGAGACGCAGUUCAGCAACUGGAAGGUGAACAGCGGGUUGCUCUACGACUUUGUCAGCAGAAAGGAGUUGGAGUGGCCCUCACUCUCCAUCGAUUUUGGAGACUACCACAACGAAAAUGUAGAAGACAGCGUAUUUAACCAAAUAGUGUGCGUAGGAACACAUACGUCUAAUAAGGAGCUCAAUUACCUUUACGUGUGUGAGGUCUUGUUCCCUCUGGAGCAGCUGCCACAAGAGAAUUGCAUUUAUAAGACGAAUCAAAAUUAUGAAGGGUUUGAUUUCUGCCCAGAUAAGAAAAAAUUUACAAUUCAAUCGAAGAUAGCACAUGAAGGAGAAGUCAACAGAAUAAAGUUCCUCCCUUUGGAAAAGAAAAAUUUUGUGGUGACCAAGGCGAUCGAUGGGAACCUUCACCUAUUUGAUAUUAACAAACACGAAAUUGAAACAAGUGAAGAUAAGAUGAGUCCAGAAGUGUCCUUCAUUGGGAAUUCAUCAGAUGGGUUUGGCUUAGAUUUUAAUGCGGAAAAGAAAUACGCCUUGACGUGUGGAAAUGAUGGAGUGCUUAACCUGUAUGACUACACCGAAAUGGAUAGCAAAAAAGUGAGUCCCUUUUACAGCGUGAAAUAUAAGUCUCCUUUGAACGACGUGUGUGCCACGAACGAUCCCAAUUUGAUCCUCUCAUGUGCAGACAAUGGCUACAUCUUAAUGUAUGAUAUUCGGGUGAAAGGAGAAGAACCCGCGCAACAGGUUCUGGGUCAGCAGGUAGCUGUGAACUGCAUCUCGCUCAACAAAUUUACGGGCCACUUUGCAUCUGGAAGUGAAAAUGGGAAAAUAAAAAUUUGGGACAUCAAAAGGUUCUCCGAACCUCAGCAUAUAAUCCACGCGCAUAAGGAGCCCAUCAUCCGACUGAACUUUUCCCCAAAUGAUUCUUCCAUCCUGGGUUCUGCCAGCACUAGUCGGUUUAUAAAUAUAUACAAUUUGACCAAAAUUGGGGAAGAACUAGAUGCCAUUGACCUGUCCGAUGGGCCCUCCGAGCUGAUCUUUUCGCAUGGAGGGCACACCCAACCUAUCACGGAUUUCAACUGGAACCACCACAAGCAGCUGAAGAUGUUCAUCGGCUCCACCGGCGAGGACAACACGCUGCAGUUCUGGCAGCUCAAGACGGAGCUCCUCGACGAGGCCAACACCGUCCCGACGUCCAACACCGACGUGGAGUGA